CCAGAGAGGAAUCUCACUUUUCAAGUUUUAUACUUUGAAGCACUCUGCUUUGAAAACUACUUGAAGAGAAGCCUUACAAGCUUCUCUCUCCAUUAUCCACCAAGAAACAAAACCCCUUUUUUCUUUCUCAAUCCAAAAGCAGGGCCCUUUUUCUCUGUUCUAAACUUGUUGGAUCUCCCCAGUUUGCUUUUCUUGUGACUGCUGAAUGAUGGAUCUGUUCUUGCUUUUGUUGCUUUCAAUCUUUUCACAAUCCCACUGAUUCCCAUUCUUGUUUUGAUGCAUAAUACACCACAGGUCAAGCUCAGAGAAAUGGUGUUUUGAAUUGAGCGUCUGCAAAUUUAAAUUGCUUAGUUGAAAUUUACUUAAUUGGACUGUGAUAGGUGGCAAAAUCUGUGGGAGUAACAAAAGAUGAAUGUUUUGAUUCAAAGUCAAAACCUUUCUUGUUCCUCUGAAGUUCCUGAUUCUUUCUGGAUUCCCACUCCCUAUCCUCUUCAGGCUCCAAAAUCCAUGGCUGAUUACAAGAAUGUCAAUGGAUUAGACGCUACAGACGCGCCAUUCUUCGAACUUCUUGAUAAGGAAGAAGAUCGAGAUGACGAUUUUGAUGGGUCUUAUAAUCCACCGGGAAAGAAAAGGCGGCUGACAACCAGUCAAGUUCAGUUCCUUGAGAAAAACUUCGAGGUUGAAAACAAGCUUGAACCGGAAAGGAAGGUCAGGCUGGCAAAAGAACUGGGGUUGCAGCCUCGCCAGGUCGCAAUUUGGUUCCAAAACCGGCGAGCCAGAUUUAAGAACAAGCAGCUGGAAAAGGACUAUGACUCCUUGAAAGCCAGAUAUGACAAGCUUAAGAAUGACUAUGAGAAUCUCCUCAAGGAAGGGGAGGAUUUGAAAAAUCAGAUCUCUUCCUUGAAGGAGAAAUUGCUUAUAACCGAGACAGGAAAACAUGGCUCUCUUCAGAUUGAUGUCAUUGAUUCUUCGAAUUCAGAACCUCAAGAACCCACUUUCGAUACAGUUCCGGGUAGUUUUUCUGAUUUGCCAUUGUUGGUCUGUAAACAAGAAGAAGCAAGUUCUGCAAAAAGUGCCAUUUUCGACUCCGAGAGUCCAAUUUACACGAAUGGAAACCAUUCUUCUUCGACAGAGCCUGCAGAUUCUUCUAAUGUUUUAGAACAAGAGCAGUCAGAAGAAGAGGAUAACCCCAGCCAGGGCCUUCUGCAUCCGCCAUACCUCCUGAAACUCGAAGAUGACUACGAAGUCGUACCGGACAUUUCUUGUAGCUUCGGAUUCCCCGUGGAAGAUCAGUCAUUCUGGUCGUCUUUUAUUAAUUAGCAAUUUCAAUGUUCUUAAUUGUAAUAAUCGUUAGCAAGCAACAUGUCAUCUUUCACAAAAUCUGUUGAAAGAAACAUUUAGAACGUGU